CGCUGCCAUUCUGGCAUUACGUCAAUGGUGGAAGUCUCAUUGGUUUGGGAGGAGUUGCUGUGACCGCCAUUGUUACAACUCUUCGUCAUAUUACGGAAAAACGUAGUGAGAAUCCGAUUUAUCCGCAUUCCCUGUAGUGUGUGUCGAGGCCGAGGCGCCGUUUUCUAGGUGUUAACUUUCCAGUGAAGACCAUAGACGGAUCCAUCAGCCGACGCAUUCUCAGCGUAGCAUGUCCACGAUGAAUCCCGAGUACGAUUACCUAUUUAAAUUGCUUCUAAUCGGUGAUUCUGGUGUUGGAAAAUCAUGUCUCUUGUUGCGUUUUGCCGAUGACACAUAUACAGAAAGUUAUAUCAGUACCAUUGGCGUGGAUUUCAAGAUUCGAACCAUUGAUUUAGAUGGAAAAACAAUAAAACUACAAAUCUGGGAUACGGCGGGUCAAGAACGGUUUAGAACAAUUACAAGUUCUUAUUAUCGAGGUGCACAUGGUAUUAUUGUUGUUUAUGAUUGCACAGAUCAGGAGACUUUUAACAAUGUAAAACAAUGGUUGGAAGAAAUUGAUCGUUAUGCCUGUGAUAACGUCAAUAAGCUCUUAGUCGGCAAUAAAUGUGAUUUACAUACAAAGAAAGUUGUAGAUUAUACAACGGCCAAGGAAUAUGCCGAUCAACUCGGAAUACCAUUUUUGGAAACAUCGGCAAAGAAUGCAAUGAAUGUAGAGCAAGCUUUUAUGACGAUGGCUGCUGAAAUAAAACUUAGAGUGGGCCCACCCUCAAGCGGAGCGAGUGAUCCAGCCAACAAGGUGAAAAUAGAACACGGACGUCCAAUCGAAUCUUCUAAAUCCGGAUGCUGCUGAGAACUAUAAUCUUGUGUCUCGUUUAACCAAAGGAACAAUGACACAUCUUUUUUGCAGAACAUCUAAUGUGGUUGCGGUCCGGGUACUGCAAAAUUAAACUUAUUACUGCAAGUAUAAGAACAUGGAAGUUUUAGUUUACUCCAACAACAAAAA